CAUCAACUCUACUAAACACUGCAACAUAUCACCAGCAUGAACCACGGAAUCGACGACGACGACGGUCUCGACUACCCCGCUCCCAUGGCCGGGCCAAGCGGCCUCCUCGCCCAGCUCAUGGGUGCUGGACGCUUUGCUCGCGCUUCGCCUGCCAGAGCUUAUGACGAAUACUUCAAGGCGUUCUCGGUGGCGACCAUGACCCAUGGACAUGAGCGCCCGCAGCUGAUGUACGGAGGCAAGAUCAUCAUGCCUCCGUCGGCGCUUGCCAAGCUCACCUCGCUCGACAUUGAGGGCCCUUGGACGUUCCAGCUCCGCAACCCUCGCAACCCUACUGUCCACCAGACGCAUGCUGGUGUUCUCGAAUUCAUUGCCGAGGAGGGCAUCGUGCACCUUCCUGCCUGGAUGAUGCAGGCUCUCAACCUCAACGAGGGUGACCCCGUCCGUCUGACCGGUGCUACUCUCCCCAAGGGCAAGAUGGUCAAGAUUCAGGCGCAGUCGGUCGACUUCCUCGAGGUUGCAGACGCCAAGGCUGUCCUCGAGUCCGCGCUUCGCGCCUACUCGGUUCUCACCAAGGGCGACAUCAUCGAGAUCACCUACAACUCGCUCACGUUCGAGUUCCUCAUCAUGGAGACGUACCCCGAGGGUCCAGGUAUUUCCAUCAUCGACACGGACCUCGAGGUCGACUUCGCUCCUCCCAAGGGCUAUGUCGAGCCACCUCGCAAGGCACCUGCUCCUAUCCCUACGAUGGCGGACAAGCUCAAGAUCGACCUCGGCGGCACCACCUCUGCGGACCCCUCUCGUCCCGUCUCUUCGCUUUCGACUCACACCCAGGGCUCUGGCGAGAUCCCGCUCGAGAGCUUCACUGGUGUCGGUCAGAGCCUCAGCGGCAAGCGCGUCAAGGGCAAGGGCCUGGCUAGGAAGAUUGAGGAAGUCGACGCCAGCAGCAAGAUCAACCGUCACACCGGCCCGCGCAUCAUCACGCCUGAUUCACUCAACGACGACCGCAAGGUCCCCACGGCCCUCGUUCUUCCCGCCGGCAAGUUCUUCUUCGGCUACAAGUACAUUCCAUUCGACCCGGCCAAGACACCAAAGAAGAAGGAAGAGGGAGCUCCGGCGCCCCCAACGUCGUUCCAGGGUGCUGGCAACUCGCUUCGCCGCGGCGCGCAGGCCAACUCUGCUCCUUCGCCUGCGACACCCAACGCCGACGAGACUCCCAAGGCUGAGGAGAAGCCUGACCCUUGGGCCAGCCUCGGAUCCGGUAACAAGCUUUCAGGCAGGAAGAGAGCGGCUGAAGCUUCGCCUGCACCCGCGCCUCCAGCGCCGGCGCGCAAUCCCACGCCACCCCCUGCGCCUACCCAAAACGAAGUCAUUGACGCGACGAUGCUCGACGAGGAUGACUUCUGGGUCCCAGAGUACGAUGAGGAUGAGGACGUGAUUGAGAUUGACUCGGAUUAGAUGACGAGCGCCAAGCUGAAGUCGAUGAUCAACAUGUGAGCAGCCUCACACACACAAACCGCAUCAGAUACAUGUAACAAUACACUGUGAAACCCAUGAACACUAUCAAUGACACGAUAUGCAGCCAAUUACUGCAUAUUCUCUAGUGGCACCAAGAAGCAAAUCGUCUAACAUUCUAAGCAGUGCGUUGCAGGCGCUCCUCGUAGGCCUUCCAUCCGGCCUCCUGAUACCUCUUUGCCUCGGCGGCGACGGCGUCCUUGUUCUUGUAGAUGCCGCGGCCAACAAUGAUGACAUCGCAGCCCGAGUCGUGCACGACCUCGUGAGGGGUGCGGUACUGCUGACCACGGCCGUCGCCCCUGACGUCCAGACCGACACCGGGGGUGAUGACCAAAAAGUCGGGGUCAUCAGCCUUGUCAACACGGUGCAUGGCGAUGAAGCCGACGACCCAGUCGAGGCCAGCCUCACGGGCCAUCUGAACAGCCUUCUCGGUGUACUCGCCGCUGGCGAGGUUACCGGCCGAGCUCAUCUCAGCCAGCAGGAUGAGGGCGUUGCCGAGGGGUUUACCGGCAGCUCCGAGGCCCGUGAUGAUGCCAGGGCCGGGCACGACGUGGGCGUUGGUGAGGUGAGACCACGAGGCAAUCUUGUGGACACCAGAGCUGUACUGAAGCUCGACCGUGUUGCCAAUGUCGGCAAACUUGCGGUCCUCGAAGAUGACAAAGUCAAGCUCGUCGGCGAGGCGCCUGAGCUCAUGGGCAAGGUCGAUGGUAAAGUCCUCGACAAUGUCGAUGUGGGUCUGGACCAUGCAGACGUAUGGGGCGACCUGGCGAACAAUGUCGAGGAUCUCGGCCGACUUGGUCACGUCGACCGACACGCAGAGGUUUGUCUUUUUGCGCUCCAUUGUCUCGAGGAGGCGGCGGGCGGUAGAGUUGGGGUGCGAUGCCGCGCGCGAGGCGUACGUCUUGGUGGUGACGGGGUGGGGAGCCAUUGUGUGGGGGUGUGUGUGAGGUGGGGGGAAGUGAGGUGAGAGAGGAGAGUCAAGGUAGACUGUUAAAUACAAGGUCGAGGUGGUGGGAGGGUUGCGUGAGCCGGAGGGUGGGAGGGAUGAGGCAGGGGGACGGAGACGGCGAGGAGGCAGUGUCUCGAAGCGUGUCUAUUGCAAAGACGAGUACUAAGGGCGACGGGUGGGUCCGAGUGGGCUCAAAGUCGAGCGGGUGGACGGGCUGUAGGCGUUUCGGAGAAGGCUCGUGCGGCUCUUGCGUCGGUGGUGGUGGUGGUCUGCCUGGUCGGACGAGGUCUGAGCGUAUGUGUCCCCCUUUCGGACUUCGGACAAGAUGAACAAAGGAAGGCGAGUUGAACCAAAGGCAGUGUAGAGACAAGUCCG